AUGGUUAUCUGGUUUAUCAUACCAGCCACAAGGACCCCUCAGACUGAUCACAAGAAUAAUGCUCUUGCGUUGAUUGUCUUGCUCCAAUAUGUUCCAAGAUUAUAUUUGAUUUUCCCACUAAGCUCUCAAAUAAUCAAAGCAACAGGAGUGGUUACAAAGACUGCUUGGGCAGGAGCUGCAUAUAAUUUGCUAUUGUACAUGUUGGCUAGCCAUGUUUUAGGGGCAUCCUGGUAUCUUCUGUCUGUUGACAGAUAUACUACUUGUUGGAAAUCUGUAUGCAAAAAGGAAGAUAACCCUCAUAGUUGCUUUCUCUAUUUAGACUGCAGUUCUUUGAACAAUGAUAUGCUCAAGAUAUGGGCAAAUAGUACAGAUGUGUUUAAUAGGUGUGACCCCAACAAUGAUGACAUUCCGUUCAAGUAUGGAUUAUUCCAAAAUGCAUUAACAAAGCAUGUUGUUUCUUCAAACUUCAUAUCAAAAUACUUAUAUUGUUUAUGGUGGGGGUUGUAG